CAAAACUAUGAAACCUUUUUGAAGGGAGAGAAGAUUGAAGACAGGUAGGCGUGGACAAUCUUCAGUGCCCUUGACACAGUUUGACUUCACUAUUGUGUUAACUUCAAGGCCAACGAUUUAUGUUGAAUCUCUUUAUUUGGAAGGGCAAAAACAUAUUGGGGAGGAGAAAUGUUCGUUGACUUAUGGAAGAUUUAAAUAGCAUGCAGUACAAUUUGUCUAGACCGUAGCCUAUUGCGAAGCAAGAAGUUGAUGCAAGCCAAUUGCCAACUUGCUUGGUCAUUGCAAUGGUGGGCAGACUAAACUUGCUGAAUGUAUGUGACGACGAGCCAUUGGACAUGAGUUGCAAAGCCGAGCGGGGACUUGACAGCCCGGACUCCGGACUACCCCCCAGCCCCAGUCACUGGCUGCUGACUGAUUGCGGGGAUAAAGGUGCCACAAGCCCGGUGUCUGAAGACGAAAGGACAGGGUCAUCCUUGGUCCCUAUUUUAUCGAUUGGAUCUGUUCCUCAGCUGCACACGUUGUCCUACGGGGAGGGCAUAGAACUUGAUCCACUACCGUCCAAGGAAAUACGAUACACAUCGUCUGUCCACUAUGAUUCUGAGCGUCACUUUAUCCACGACGUGGCCAUGCAGCCCAGAGGCCUGGGUCUGGAUAACUGCAGCCAGACGUUCCUGGCUGUCCCUCACAGCACCUGGAGACACUACAAGACCCAGCUAGACCUCCAGCCUCGCCAGCGGGCCCAGCAUUUCCAGAGCACCACCAUUGUCUACCCCAAGCACGCUCGCACCAUCUACACCACAGAGCUGAGCUACGACAGCCGCCGGCUAGCCAGGAGAUUCUUGUCGAGCGUGGAGCUGGAGGCUGCUGACCGGAGAAGGCUACCCCAUUGAGGUUAGGGGGAAGGCUGGGCAUGGCCUGAGGGAGAGGGCCCUGUGGGGCCCAACCAUCCACCAGGCCGACGCCACACAUGAACCCAGGUUACACAGUCUAUUAGUUUAGAUUGGUACUCAAAUGUGGGCUACGAUACUUUCCAGUCUCCAGGAGGGCAGAAGAUGGAAGCCAUAUCUCUAGAUCUGGAGUAUCAAACAAAUAGCAGGGACAUCUGAGUGAGGCUGCCAUCUACCAAAGUGUUGAUCCAUUAGUAGCUAGUAAAGAGUUCUUUGGUAUGUCAAAGUUGGAUUCAGUUUAACCAAGUGUUGAACUGUGGACUGAGACAGGUGGUGUACUGUAUACUAUCACCAUGGAGGAACUUAGAAACCAGAUUUGGAAGUGAAGGAUUGUUAGGGAAGUGUAGUCUGGACUAUCACUGUCAACAUUCUGUGUUUAGGCGUAACCAUUGCAGUGGAGCUCAUUGAACAAUGAUCCAACAAUAUAAGAUUCAAGGCAAUAGUGGAGUUUCCAUGUGAUUUUUGUACGUUUUUACAUUUGUAGACAUGGGGAGUUGUCAAAUUACUGUUUAUGACUGGGCUUCAAAAUGGCUUGUCAAAUCAUGGUAUUAUGGUGUAUUUGUUGCACAAUAUUACUUACCACAAGCAGAAUAUAUAUUCCUGGAUAGUGUAACACCGAGCCAUGUAUAGAGAUGUAUGCUCCUGGUGUAACACCAAACCCCAUCUAAGUCUUGCCUAAACCAACAUUGUCUACUGUAAGUAUGGUCAUGGAGCAGAAAGCCACAGCUUUUUUCAUAUUGUGUAAAAGAGUUGCAAGUUCUGUGUUGAAAGUUAGGACAUUUUUCUUCCCACAGACCAUUGCAAAUUGAAGAAGUUUGUAUUAGUUGGUAAUGAGUAGCGAGAGAUUAUCAAAUGUGUCAUUAUUGUUUUCAGUUAUAAAGUUUUUGUAUUUUCCUAAUAGUGAAGUCUUGUUCUUACUAACACCUUAUGGACUGUCCAUAAUCUUUGCCUAUCCUCUUCUGGUUGCUUCGAGGUUUAAUUUAGUUAUGCAUUUAUUUGAUGCUAAUAAACUCCUUUUGGUAGCCUAAUAGAUUACUAUUAGGCUACCAAACACAGGUAACUUCCCUCAAGGUCCUACAAGGAUACACAUCUAGAGGACCUGAACUGUCUUGAGAUACCCAAAGGGCCUUAUUGAAGUAAAAUUAUUUUGCUUUUAAAGCUCUGUUUUUAUAGUGUUUGUUUCAAAUAAAGACCAACUGUUUUAUAUCA